AUGGACAUUCUGUAUCACCCAGAUGAUGAUUGGUUAUCUUCUGAGUCUGGUUCCUCUCAAGAAGUGAUUCCACCAGCAACUGAUAGAGUAGUGAUUCCACCAGAAUCUGAAACAGACGUGAUUCCACCAGAAACUGAACCAGACGUGAUUCCACCAGAAACUGAACCAGACGUGAUUCCACCAGAAACUGAAACAGACGUGAUUCCACCAGAAUCUGAAACAGACGUGAUUCUAACAGAAACUGAAACAGACGUGAUUCCACCAGAAUCUGAAACAGACGUGAUUCCACCAGAAUCUGAAACAGACGUGAUUCUAACAGAAUCUGAAACAGACGUGAUUCCAACAGAAACUGAAACAGACGUGAUUCCUCCAGAAACUGAACCAGACGUGAUUCCUCCAGAAACUGAACCAGACGUGAUUCCACCAGAAACUGAACCAGCCGUGAUUCCACCUGAAUCUGAACCAGACGUGAUUCCACCAGAAACUGAACCAGACGUGAUUCCACCAGAAUCUGAAACAGACGUGAUUCUACCAGAAUCUGAAACAGACAUGAUUCUAACAGAAACUGAAACAGACGUGAUUCCACCAGAAACUGAAACAGACGUGAUUCCACCAGAAUCUGAAACAGAUGUGAUUCCAAUAGAAACUGAAACAGACGUGAUUCCACCACAAUCUGAAACAGACGUGAUUCCACCAGAAACUGAACCAGACGUGAUUCCACCAGAAACUGAAACAGACGUGAUUCCACCAGAAUCUGAAACAGACGUGAUUCCACCAGAAACGGAAACAGACGUGAUUCCACCAGAAUCUGAACCAGACGUGAUUCCUCCAGAAUCUGAAACAGACGUGAUUCCAACAGAAUCUGAACCAGACGUGAUUCCACCAGAAACUGAACCAGACGUGAUUCCACCAGAAACUGAACCAGACGUGAUUCCACCUGAAUCUGAAAUAGACGUGAUUCGACCAGAAUCUGAAACAGACGUGAUUCCACCAGAAUCUGAACCAGACGUGAUUCCAUCAGAAACUGAACCAGACCUGAUUCCACCAGAAUCUGAAACAGACGUGAUUCCACCAGAAACUGAAACAGACGUGAUUCUAACAGAAAAUGAAACAGACGUGAUUCUAACAGAAUCUGAAACAGACGUGAUUCUAACAGAAUCUGAACCAGACGUGAUUCCACCAGAAACUGAAACAGACGUGAUUCUAACAGAAACUGAACCAGACGUGAUUCCACCAGAAACUGAACCAGUCGUGAUUCCACCUGAAUCUGAACCAGACAUGAAUCCAACUGAAAUUGAAACAGUUCUGAUUCACCCUGAAACUGAUAGCGUGAAUGAAAGCGUUUACCUGUUAGCUGUGACCUCCCAGACAGUAGGAGGCACCACUGAGAUGUUAUGUGUCACUGUCAACCCCAUUGAAAUUGUUACUAUGAGCGUGACCCUGGAGUAUAACCAAAACAGUGUCGCACUUUUGAUGGAGGAAUCUGUAAACCAACAAUAUUACAGAUGCCUCAGUUUCCAGGUCCCUGUUGUAACCGUGGAAUUGGUGGCUUCUAUUACGAUUAAGAUUAUAGGGUCAAAAACAUUCCUAAACAAUGCAACAAAGAUCCUCAUUAAACCUUCGUCACACCUGACCAUCCUACAGACGGACAAACCCAUAUACAAUCCAGGACAAACAGUGAAGUUCCGCGUCGUCUCUCUGGACACUGAUUUCCUCACCUACAAUCAGACGGACCCAAACUCAAACCGUAUCGGUCAGUGGCUGAACGUCUCCACGCACAGCGGCCUCGCGGAUCUGACGUACCCCAUCAACUCUGAGGCCACUAAAGGAAUUUAUAUCAUCACAGUUUGGGACGACAAAAACCAACAGAUCGCACAAACCUUCCAAGUGAAUGAUUGCGUUCUGCCAAAAUUUGAAGUUACAGUACAACUUCCUCCAGUCAUCACCAUCCUGGACACGACCGCCACACUGAAAGUGUGUGCAAAAUGUUCAUACGGAAAGCCGGUAAGUGGAACGGUGAAGACCACCGUCUGCCAACACAGUUACAGAUACGGGUGGCAGCUGUUCGGAGAAGCACCACCACCAGACAUCUGCGAGAUUUAUACAAUGAAGACUGACAGGUCAGGCUGCGGACUACAGAUCCUAAAUCUGGCACGAUUUGCAUUAAGUGAUAUGCGAUAUAAAGCUUCGAUCCUGGUUCAGAGUGAAGUGGAAGAAGACGGCACUGGAGUGAUAAUGACUGGUUCAGGCAGCUCUUCAAUUACAUCUAAUAUCAUCACACUUUCAUUUGAGGAUUCACCAACAACAUAUAAACCUGGAAUGACAUACGAAGGAAAGAUUAAAGUGCUCGGCCCGGACGCCUAUCCACUGCAAAGAAAAGUAGUCUAUCUGACUGUAAAUUACGGGGAGGAUAAAAAAUCUGUUCGAAAACUGAUCACCAGUCACAAAGGCGUCGCUAAAUUUUCCCUCAACACCGAACCAUGGGGUUUGGAGCAGGUCAAUUUUGAGGCGUCGUAUAAAACAAGCAACAAACCAGUUGUACAGAAGGAAAAUCAUCUUAUACCCAACUACCCCACAGCCGAUCUCUUUCUUCAGUCGUUCUACUCCAAGAGCCGGAGUUUCAUCAAGUUUAAGAUCUGCUUGAAGCCUUUCAAGUGUAAUAAAAAAGCCGUUAUCAAAGCUCAGUACUUGAUACACCACAGCGCACUCGCACCAGGCCAGAAGACCAUAACCUUCUUCUACAUGGUGAUGAGUAAAGGACAUCUGGUGCAGCAAGGAAGCAUUGUAGAAGCCAUCAACCCUGAAAGAGAAGAGCACAGGGGCAACCUAGCGUUGGCUUUGAAGAUGAUGGUAAAACUAAGCCCAGUUGCUCAGGUGGUCCUGUACGCAAUCCUUCCCUGUGGUGAGGCAGUGGCAGACAGCAUGAACUUCCCCAUUCAGCUGUGUUUGGGCAACAAGGUAUCUCUGAGGUUUUCAGCUUCUCAGAAUCUUCCUGGUCAUCAGGCAUCACUGAUGCUGAAAGCUGCUCCAGGAUCUCUGUGUUCAGUGAGGGCAAUAGACCAGAGACUUCUGCUGAUGCAUCCAGAGAGCGUGCUCAACAUCCACUCUGUGUUUAACAGGCUGCCUGUACAGGAGCUCUCAGGAUAUCCAUUCAUCACCAAUGAAGAGGAGUCAAACCCGAUCUGGGAGAACUUCAGAGGAGCAGAAGCUUCAAAAUCAACUGAUCACUUUUGGAAAGUUGAUGUGUACAACACCUUUAAAGAUAUUGGAGUUAAAGUUCUCACAAAUGUGGAGGUGAAGAAACCUAAAGAUUGUUAUGAAGAUGAAGAUGAAGCACCAGCCCUCCACAGUACUGAAUUUUCUGCAGUUGGCUUGAAUACAAGCAAACUACUGAAUUCAAAUUGCAACUAUUUCCCAGAGACAUGGAUUUGGGAUCUCGUUCCAGUCAGUGAUUCUGGAGCUGCAGCUCUUAAUAAAACCGUCCCGGACUCCAUCACGACGUGGCAGGCUGGUGCAUUUUGUACGUCACCGGUCGGGUUUGGAGUUGCCCCUAAAACUUCGCUCACUGCCUUCCAGCCUUUCUUUGUGAGCCUCACCAAACCCUGCUCUGUCAUCCACGGAGAAGUGUUCACACUCAAAGCCACCGUUAUCAGCUACAUCAAAAGCUGUAUGAUGGUGAUGGUGACUUUGGCCGAAUCACAAAGGUUCUCAGUGCAAACGUGUACAUCCUGCACUAACACACAAUGUCUGUGUGAUGAUGAGAGCUGGACCAUCUCAUGGACCAUCAAACCACUGGUUCUAGGGGAGGUGAACAUGAGCGUGACGGCGGAGGCAGUGAAGUCGUCGGAUUUGUGUGGAGGAAAAGCGGUUACUGUUCCACAACAAGGAAGCAUCAGUUCUGUCAUUAAAUCAGUGCAAGUGCAGGCUGAAGGAACCCAACAGUCUAAAAGCUACAAUGAGCUUCUCUGUCCAUCAGUAGAGAAGAUCAUUUCAUUAAACCUGUCUGAUGCAUACAUGAAGGGUUCAGCCAGAGCCUCAGUCUCUGUACUGGGAGAUCUGAUGGGUCGAGCUCUACAGAACCUGGCGAGUCUCCUGGCGAUGCCGUACGGUUGUGGAGAGCAGAACAUGCUGCGUUUCGCCCCCAACAUCUUCAUCCUGGAGUAUCUGGAGAGCACUAACCAGCUCACGUCCACCAUCAGGAGAACAGCAGAUACCUACCUCGUGAGCGGAUACCAGCAAGAACUCGGUUACAAACACACUGAUGGAUCUUACAGUGCUUUUGGAAUGAACGAUGCAUCAGGAAACACAUGGCUCACGGCGUUCGUGAUGAAGUCUUUCGGGAAAGCGAAGCAAUACAUCUUUGUAGAUCAGAUGUUUGUGUAUCAGGCGAAGACUUGGCUCGGGAACCAGCAGCAGGCUAAUGGAUGCUUUGCCUCAGUGGGACAACUCUUCCACAGUGAUCUGAAGGGAGGAGUGAAUGAUGAGGUGACCCUCUCAGCGUACAUCACGGCUGCAAUGCUGGAACUCAAUUACACAGUUACAGAUCCUGUGGUGGAUUUCAGUCUUACGUGCCUAAGGAAUGAAUACGUUCAGGUGAAAUCCACCUAUGCCAAGGCUCUCCUCUUCUACACCUUCACUCUCGCUGGAGAUCAAGUGAUGAGGAACAUAUUGAUGUUAGACCUGGAUGGAAAGGCCAUAAACUCAGGAGGUGGAAGGCACUGGAGCAGAGAGGAUGGUGGGUCAGUGGUGGACUCUUUGGAGGUGGAGAUGACCUCAUAUGUGCUUCUGGCUCUGAUGUGUGGACCCCCGCUGUCUGGGUUUGAUCUGGGUUACAGCUCCAGCAUCGUCUACUGGCUUUCCCAGCAGCAGAACGCCUUCGGGGGCUUCGCGUCUACACAGGACACUGUGGUGGCUCUCCAGGCGCUGGCAAAAUACAGUCUCGUCACCUACAGUUCAGCAGGAACUGUUACUGUUACUGUAACAUCACCAUCAGGGCUGAAGGACACAUUUAACAUCAAUCAGAGUAACAGGCUGCUGUAUCAGGAGAGUCAGCUGCAGGAGCUUCCUGGAGAUUAUAACAUCAGAGCAGAAGGUGAAGGCUGUGUGUACGUGCAGUUCACUUUGGACUACAACAUCCCUCUUCCUACUGACAGCUCUUCAUUCACCAUCUCGGCCUCAGCGGCUGAAGACUGCAAGGUCUCAAAUUCAUCUCUGGAAUUGACCAUAACAGUCAUGUAUGGAGGUAAACGUGCAAAGACCAACAUGGUGGUGAUCGAAGUCAAACCUCUUUCAGGAUUCAGGGUGGACGAGACGUCUGUGCAGCUUGUGACCAACAAAUCAGACCCGACAAAUGGAGCUGUGAAGCAUGUGGAUCGAAUUGAGGGCAAAGCAAAUAUCUACCUGAAUAGACUGAAAAAGGGUGAGGAGAAGGUGUAUACCCUGACCAUCGUACAGAGGCAUCCAGUAGACAAUUUGAAACCGGCGGUUGUGAAGGUUUAUGACUACUAUGAGACCGGUGAAAGUGCUGCAACAUCGUACACAUCUCCAUGUGAAGCCUGAGAGUGUGUACAUGAUCUCAGCAAGAGUCCAGCAAGAGCUUUUCCCUCAGUUGUCAGAAAUUGGUGAAAAAUAUCAA